AUGAAGGAAGCUGCUGCUGAGAAAGAUGUUGAGACAACUGUCACACCAUCUAACUCCUCUGAUAAAGACACUGGAACUGCUAAAGAGGGUACUUCUGAUGAUGAAGAAGAUACUCAAUCUAAAGAAAGUGACCAAAUCAUUCCUAUCUGUGACAAGGAAAAAGAAUCUGAAAAACCCUUGAAUGCUGAGAAAGGAAAAGGAGAGGAUGUGGUUGAUGUUGAAACUUAUGAGACCACUAAACCUACUGAAAGAACUGGUAGAGGUAUGACAAAGAGGUUGAGAAGCAGUUCAGGUAAAACUAUUCUUACUACUAGCAAAACUCCUGCACCCAGAGUCAAAACAAUAGGUGUUGGACCAGUAAAAGGAUGGAGUAAAGUCUUUGCUCCCACUUGCAAGAAGAAGGAGAAUUUGAAGAGGAAGAAAGAAUCAUCAAGUGAUUCAGAUUAUGAUGUUGCAGAAGAUGUUCCAAACAUCUCAUCUCCCACACCUAAAACUAAAGCUACUGCAAAGAAGGUGCCUCAAAAUGUUGAAGAAGCUUCUUGUGAUAACAUAUACCAGAGGAGACUAGCUGUGGAGAGGGAAUUGACAAAAGAUGCCCUGAAAUGUCAAGACAUCUUUCACUACAUCAAGGAAGCAGGAAGGUCUGUUGAACCUAAGGCUGAGUUGGAGGUUCCUAAUGAUGUUGUGAGUUCUGAAAUCACUACUGGUAAGGUCAAGGUGUGGCCUAAGAACAAGCUGAUACCCACUAGUAAGCUGAAUGUGAAGUAUGCCAUCCUGAAUAGGAUUGGGUCUACAAAUUGGGUACCAACCAAGCAUGCCACAAAUGUUGCAACAGGUUUGGGUCGUUUUAUUUAUGUUGUAGGAACCAAAGUUGAUUAUGAUUAUGGUUCUUUUAUUUUUGAUCAAACAGUGAAGCAUAUUAGAUCCACUGCUGUUAAGAUGCCCAUUGCAUUUCCAUCUUUAUUAUCUAGGAUCAUUUUGGAUCAAUACCCUGACAUCAAGGUCGUGACUGACACUCCUAAGAAAAGGGAAACUGCUUUCACUUUUCAUCACAAAUUGUUUGGAGAUCAUAAUGUUGCAGACCAUGUUGGGACAUCUGCUGGUGGAGCUAGUCCUAUGACCAAAGUGGAGAUCAUUGCUGCUCUAAAACUUCAAUGUUGGGAGAUUGAUAAGUAG